AUGUCCAGCGCAGCUUCAGCCGCUAAAACGGCGCCUUCAAAUGCCACCUUCAAGGAUAAAGAAAAGCCACAAGAGGUGAGAAACUCCAAUAUUUUGGCUGCAAGAGCAGUGGCAGAUGCCAUCAAGACUUCUCUUGGUCCAAAAGGUAUGGAUAAAAUGAUCAAGACCGGCAAGGGGAAAAUUAUCAUCUCCAAUGAUGGUCAUACUAUCUUGAAGCAUAUGGCAGUGUUGCAUCCUGCUGCCAAGAUGUUGGUUGAUGUUUCUAAGGCUCAAGAUGUCGAAGCUGGUGAUGGUACCACGUCUGUUGUAGUCGUCACUGGUGCUUUAUUGGGUGCUGCCGAGAAGUUAUUGAAGAAAGGUAUCCACCCUACCAUAAUAGCAGAAUCUUUUCAAAGAGCUGCUGCAAAAUCAGUGGAGAUCUUGUUAGAUAUGGCUCAAAAGAUUUCUUUGGAUGACCGUGAAGCCUUGAUAAAAGCUGCUUCGACAUCCUUGUCUUCGAAGAUUGUUUCCCAACAUUCUAAUUUGUUAGCUCCAUUAUCAGUAGACUCAGUGUUGAAAGUUCAUGAUCGUGUUAAUAACCCAUACUCUGUUGAUUUGAACGAUAUCAGAAUUAUUAAGAAAUUGGGCGGCACAAUUGAUGACACAGAAUUGAUCGACGGGAUUGUAUUGAACCAAAAUGCUAUUAAAUCUGCUGGUGGUCCAAUCAGAGUGGAAAAAGCGAAAAUUGGGUUGAUUCAAUUCCAGUUGUCACCUCCAAAACCAGACAUGGAAAACAAUAUAGUGAUUAACGAUUACAGACAGAUGGAUAAAAUAUUGAAAGAAGAAAGAGCCUAUUUGUUGAAUAUGUGCAAGAAGAUCAAAAAAUCCAAAUGUAAUGUAUUGUUGAUCCAAAAAUCUAUUUUGAGAGAUGCGGUUAACGACUUAGCGUUACACUUUUUGUCGAAGUUGAAUAUUAUGGCCAUUAAGGAGAUUGAAAGAGACGAAGUUGAAUUCAUUGCCAAAUCUUUGGGCUGCAAACCAAUUGCGGACAUUGAUUCUUUCACUGAAGACAAAUUAGGUCAAGCCGAUUUGAUCGAAGAAACAGACUCUAAUGGAUCUAAAAUCGUUAAGAUUACUGGUAUCAAGCAAAGCACUUCGAAUACCGUAUCAGUCAUAGUGAGAGGUGCUAAUAACUUAGUUUUGGAUGAAACCGAAAGAUCUAUCCACGAUGCCUUGUGUGUUAUUCGUUGUAUCGUUAAAGAAAGAGGUUUGAUCGCUGGUGGCGGAGCUCCAGAAAUUGAAGUUUCCCGACAAUUAUUAAAGCUUUCUAGAGAGUUACCAGGAACUGAAGCUUUCUGCUUCAAGGGGUACGCAGAAGCUUUGGAAAUCAUUCCAGUAAUUUUGGCGGAAAAUGCUGGUUUGAAUAGUAUAAAUGUGGUUACUGAAUUGAGAAACAAGCACGAAAAUGGGGAAAAAUACGCUGGUAUAUCAGUGAGAAGAUCUGGUGCUAGCAACACUUUCACUGAAAAUGUUUUGCAACCAGUUUUGGUCAAUAUUAGUGCCAUUACUCUUGCCAGUGAGUGUGUCAAGUCGAUUUUGAGAAUCGAUGAUAUUACUUUUGCUAGAUGA